AAAUUAUGGGAUUUACAUCUAAGGUAGGAAGAUUAGCUGUUUUUAUUUUCUUUGUCGGAUUUGCUAUUCAUCAAUUACAAAAUCCUCAAAUAGCUAUUAAAUAAACACAUGAAAAAACUAAUCAGUGUCUUCAUUUAAUUACACAAUUCAUAAAUUCUCCAUCAAUAGUAUUUUCGUUAUUUAUUUUAGCAAUUUUCAUUAGAAUCUAUACCAUUAGUUGUAUUUAGUUGUGCUUUAUUAAAAUUUUUUGUUGGCCUUGGAGUAUUACUUAAAUGGAACUAUGUUAAAUUAAUUGGAACCAUUUAUUUAAUUUCAGCUAUAUUGGUUGUUUACAAUCCAAUCCUUUCACAAUCUUUAAAGGAUUCAAUCAUGUUAGUAGGAGCUCUAGGAGCUUUACAACUUGUCUGAU